UGCUAGUUUCGUUUUCCUUUCGUCAGCAGAGCCUCCAGGCCGGGAUCUGGACCUGGAGCUGGAGCCGUCAGACCUGCCCGAGCUUCAGCAUGACGGAGGCGGCGUGUCUGAAGUUUGUGUGCGCUCGGAGCGGAGCUGUGGGCUACGAGGAGCUGCUGGCUCUGCUGGGCGGAGUGGAGCGCCUUAUAGAGGACAGCGAGUCUUUCGCCGUGGUUCUGCUGAACGGACAGGACACCGUGAUCGCCAGAAGCCCCGUUAAACUGUGUCGGGCGAGGAGCUGCAGCGGCUGCGCGAAUUUACACCUGUGUAAAUUCUUCCUGUUGGGUGACUGUCAGUUCGGCAGAGGAAGACGAGGAUGUCGCUUUUCCCAUGACUUGAACACGGCACAGAAUAUUGGAGUCCUGCACAGUCAUGGACUAAACCUGCUGGACAGAAGAGAGCUCUGUUUACUUCUGCUUCAGAGUGACAACAGUCUCCUACCUGCUGUGUGCCAUUCCUACAACAACGGUACGGGUCCAUACGGGCGAUGCCAGGAUGGAGAGAGCUGUAAAAGGCUGCACAUCUGUGAGAAGUACCUCAGGGGCCCUUGCCAGUGUCCACGGGCACAUGAUUUCUAUGAGCCCCACCCGCUGAGAACGCUGCAGGAGAGGGGCAUCCCUCAUGAGCUCCUGGGGUCUAUGAAAACCAUCUAUACAAACAUUGAGGCCUUAAGGCUAUACGGCAAAGUCAGAUUGCCUCAGCAGAAUGGCCCGAGAGCCAAUAAAGGCUUCAAACCACCACAGCAGACAUCAGCUAAUAUUAAUAUUACUAAUAUUAGCACCGGGCAGGGGGCCAGGUCAAGCUCAAGCUCCAGAGCUCCUCAUUCAUCAGCAGAAAAAACUGAAAUCUGCAUGUACUUUGUCAAAGGAAGCUGCAAGAAUGGCGACAGGUGCAUGAAAGAGCACUCCAAACUUCCCUAUAAAUGGGAGGUUAAAAACGGAGCUGCGUGGGUGGCCCUUCCUAAUAAUGAGGCAAUAGAGAAAGAUUACUGUAACCCAGCCAACACAUACAGCUCUGGCUUUGAUCCCGUGUACUUCGAUACGAUGACCCGUGGAUCUAACCCUGUGCGGCGUCUCUCUACGUUGUCCUCAGUGGUCCAACCUAACUUCAUCCUCACCACCACCUGGACCUGGUACUGGGAGGAUGAGUUUGGCAACUGGAUCCAGUAUGCAUCUGCAACUGGAGGCCACAAUACAGCUUCUAUCACCAGUGAAGAACUUGAGCAGAAAUUUACACAGGACAGCAAAGCAGCUGUGGAGUUCACUGCCGGUUCACAAUCCUAUAUAUUCAGCUUCCAAGAUAUGAUACAGACCAACAAGCGCUAUGGGACAAAAAAGCUGGUGAGGCGUCGGCCUGAAUUUGUGUCAGCAGCGGAUGCACAAACAAUAAGAACGAGCAAGAGGCAGAUCAGUUUCAAAACUCUACCAAGUCACUGGGAUAAGGCACUGACACCCGAGACUGGUUACAAGAGAGUACAGCUGCAGAGCACGUCUGCAGAAUACAAGGAGAUCCAGAACCUGUUCAGUGCCACUAUGCACGGUUUCAUCAUUCAGCAGAUGGAGAGAAUUCAAAACAAAACCCUCUGGGAAGUGUUUCAGUGGCAGAAGGACGUCAUGAAGAAGAAUAAAGCAGGCGGGGUUGUUCCAGAGAAAAAGCUGUUUCAUGGAACAGACCCCAAACACAUAGAUGCCAUCUGCCACAAUAACUUUGACUGGAGAAUCUGCGGCACUCAUGGCACAGCCUACGGGAAAGGCAGUUAUUUUGCCAGGGAUGCGAAGUACUCCCACAACUACACUGGAGACUCCACAACUCGAAGCAUGUUUGUUUGUCGGAUUCUGGCAGGGGACUACACUGUCGGCAACUCCAGCUACGUUCGCCCUCCCUCCAAAGACGGGGGAGACACCGUCUUCUAUGACAGCUGUGUGGAUAACCUCCACAACCCGUCCAUAUUUGUGGUGUUUGAGAAGCAUCAGAUUUAUCCUGAGUACCUGAUUCAGUACAGUGAGGCAACUUACUCUAGUUCAGCAGCUUAUCAUUACCCACUGAACUCUGCUGCAGUAAACAGAGCAGCUUAUGCCCAGCCAGCUCAAUCAGCCACAGUUACUAGAGCACCAACACCUGCUACUACAUACCGAGCCACACCUGCAGCAGCAUCUACAUACCAGUCCACACCUGUAGCAGCAUCUACAUACAGACCCACACCUGCAGCAGCAUCAUACAGCACACCCACGUAUACGUACACUACCCCUACUACACCAAAACGUACCAAAUCUGAGAACUCCUGCAUUAUCUGCUGAAGGCAGAACAAAGACAAUCUAGUUAAAGUUGAAACAUGAGCAAAAGUUUACUUUAAUUCUCGUAUCUAAAACAAAACUAUUUCAGUUGCACCGAAUAUUUCUCUAUGUAUCACCUCUGCUGAUAAACUUCAGGAUAUUAUUCUGGAAUCAAAAUCUUGAUGCUGUUGUUUGCACUCGUCAGGAACUGUCGCUAAAAUAAACGCCACUGUCCAAAAAAAUGGCCUUUGAACAGCACACUCAGGUUUACAUGAAGGGCUUUAUUUACAUACCGUUGAUCACCAAGGCCUUGUUAUUCAAGCUGAACAUUACCUGAACUCGUCACAGUGCAGUUUCCCCAAACGACUUGUGUACCAAAUUAAGCGUUAAUUAAGUGAAAGUGUUUUUGUGUUGGUAUUAUGUAUCAUCUCUUUCAUCAUUUCUGCUUUAUUCAUUAUUCAUUAUGAACACCUGUGUGUCUUCAAUAUAUUAUACCCAGUAUAAAGGCGUUUUUGACAUGCUGACGUGCUUUACGCCCCAUAACUGUUCAUAAUCUGUUAUAGUUACAUUCACAACACAAGCUCAAAAUGUAAGACGUUAAGUUUUAUUUGCACUAUUACCCAGUUCUUGAAAGAUGCUUUUUUUUUUUGCUUGAAACAAUUUUGUAACUCUAAUAAAGAGUUGAAUUGAA